AUGUUGCGGUUGGUAUAUAAAAGUGGUGGUUUGUUUGGCGGGCGUUCAGUAGCCAGGCGGGGCGGGCGGGGCCUCGCCACGUCUUCGGUGACGCUGGCAGAGAAGACGCUCAACCAGCCGCUCAUGUCUACCCAGAUGACACGGCCGGGCGGGAUCGCCUCCUUCAUGCGCCUACCAGUACACACCCACACUCAAGGUUUGGACGCGUGCUUCGUGGGCGUGCCACUGGACACAGGAAGUAGCAACAAGAGCGGCGCGCGCUUCGGUCCCCGCCAGAUGCGCUGCGAGUCUCCCAUGCGGCCCUUCAACCAGGCCACGGGGGCCAGCCCCUUCACCAGCCUCAAUGUGGCCGACCUCGGCGACGUCUGGGUCAACAUUUUCAAGUAA